AUGAAGUUUUCUAUCACCGCUAUCUCUGCUCUCAUCCUGUCUACUGCUGUUUCCAUGACUACAGCUGACUCCUAUAGUGACGCCAUGAAGUCUUGGUGUGGAGGCCUUGGCGUCUCUUUCCCUACCUCAUCCACUGUUGUCACCGCUGGCAGUAAAACUAAAGUUACAGUUACUAGAAAGCCUGAUCAACGCACAAAGACAGUUACUGGCCUUGAUUUAUACUCUGUUGAUUCCAACGGCAAAGCUAAAUACGUCCAAAAUGUCUGGUCAGGCAAAUACAACCUUCAAAAGACUGCUUCUAUCACAGACACAAUUCCCUCUAAUGUAGCUCCCGGCCUCUAUUACUACCGUGUCUGGGUUACCAACAUGGUCAAUGGUCAACAUGGCCCUGAUUGUUUACAAACCUCCCAUACUUUCAAGGUAACUUCCAGCUCUCACAAGAAUGCUGAUGGCACCAUGGAGUAUGCAGAAUCCCUUGAUGACGAAAAUAUCUAUCAUCCUGACCACUACAAUGGUUGCUUCGGUUUGACUGUUGAUUAUCCUGCACCCAACGGCGAAUUCAAUGUCGAUGAACAUAUCCAUAUCCAGGUCAACCGUGACUCUGCCUCUCAAACGGAUGCUUUGACCAAGGUCGAAUUGUACAAGGGUGAUGAACUCGUAGACGUUGCCUGGACUGGUAAUGAACCCAUCCUGAAUUCUUUCACUCUUAAAGAUCACUUGAAGCUUGACAAUGUCGAUCCUGCAGCUGACUAUCACUACAAGCUCGAAGUUACUUCACAACACUCUAAUGACCAUUGUACCUUCGUCUCCAACAGCUUCAAGAUCAAGUCUGAAUAA